AUGGGUAUGAAGUGGAAGGACUUCCGUCCAUCGGACGGCAUUCUAAGAGCAGAAGGUCACUCUCACAUCAUCACGUCCACCAUGGUACGUAGCGUUGGCAUCGUUCUACAUUAUUUUUACACAGGCCAAUGGCAGCGCUUAAAAAGAGCAGACGCAAAUCUUCGACGGGCGGUAGCCGGCUCGCUGUUCGUGGAACAAGAAGAAAUUUACAUUCCUUCGGCCAGAGCUGAUCGUCUUGGUUGUGGUGUGAUCAGGACGGAGCCCUUAUUUGGGCUACCAGGUUUCGCUGUUUCUACACAACGUGAAAUUGUCACUGCCCUUAGUUUUCUUGACGGAAGUGGUGUAUCCUCUGCAGUUUUGAGUAGGCUUCUGAAGGAAACCCCAGAAUUCCACUUUCGUGUUGCUGAUCUCGUGGCUUUUGGGACACCUUCUAUUCGAAGGAGAGGCUCCAGUCUUGUUCAAGUACCUGCUCCAAGUGACAAUGUUCAUGGGGUAAUAACAAGUCCCCUUGCCAGGCGAGCCUUCUGUCUGUUUCUCAAACAGUACAUUAGCUCUCAGCCUGAAAACUUCGGACAAGAAGCUCGCCAUGUACUUGAAAUAUGUCAAGAUUUCAGCACUAAAUAUACUGAUUGGGACUCUGGCGAGGAAGCGACAGGCCGUUCUAUAAAAUGGGUUGUGAGGAGGGAUAAUGUUUAUCUGGAUAGUGUACAAGAUAUUAUGGACAACCUUACAAGCAGGCUAUACAACGAAGGGUCGUCAUUCCGGUACGCAGACUUAUUGGCUCUUCACAUCAGGCUUGCCAUGCUCUGUGAAGGCGGAGAGACCUCGAUAUUGCGUAACUGUGGCACAGACUAUGCUGCGGAUAUUCAGGUUUACUUUGACCAGUUGCCUAAGAUUGUGGAUGAGAUGGAGAAGAAGGGCGUGAACCGACUACAUUGUGUCGAUAUGUGGUGUUGUAUGAUGCUUAGAGGUAUGUGUUGGGGGGCUUGUCAUUUUUUCGUUCCAGGUGAAAGGGUACCAGUGCAGUACUAUGGCAGUCAAUUACCAGUCUAUAUGGGUUGAUGAAUAUUAAGGCGAAAAGAUGUUCGUAUUUGAUGUGCAUAUCAGAUCCAAUGCUUAUUCCGGAGUUUUGCACGCAUUUUAUUAUUGAAGUUAAUAAGCGAGGCUAGUUGUUUUCAUUUUAAGCAACAUCAAUCAAACUUAUUCUUCAUUGUUAGGAUAACGAAAUAAAAACUCAAAAAAGAGCACUUACAGGAAGACCUUAAAUAAUCAUCGCAGUACCUCGUUCUGUUGCACUUAGCUACUCAAUUGAUUAGGCAUUCCAGUAUUUGUAUAGUCAACAAAUCUUUCACGCUAGGAGUAACGUUGACAAGGGUUCUUGCAUAUGGGCCUAUGGCUGGGUUAAAAUAUUGCACGUGGGUUGGACAUGAAAAUGCCAGCCCAAAUCUUUUGCGAAAGUGCCUGAACAUUCGCUUCGCUGCCGUUCCCAGCCAUCUCACACGGAAGGUGUAGGGUGGAAGACCAUAAACUGCAGCUGCCUCGGCAACCGAGAAUCUCUUGUUCACAUUCUUCCAAGUUACCACCAUGCAGAAACCUCAGACUGCCUUCUGGACGACAUUGGUCAUUCAGACCAUAGUUCUGGCCUUGCCUACCACACCUCGCACACCAUCUGUGGCUCAAUUCGCUUUACAGAAGGUAUUGGAGGAUGCAUCUCCCAUUUUUGGGGCUUACGCCACCAUAAGCCACAGCCCCACGGCAGAUUGAAUGAAGCUUUACCCAGACAAAAUGCCCAUCACCCAAAUGAACUUACCAGGAGCACAUGAUGCAGCAACUUGGAAUUACACAAUAGAGAGCUUUUGACGCCACUAACACCACUCUGGUCUUCUACCAUGGCCAAGCUCUUCAAUCCGAGAAAACAACCGUGGAGGACCUCUUGUUUGGGCUUUAUGCAUGGCUCGAUGACCAUCCAUCUGAGACUCUCAUCACGUCUUUUCAAUAUGAAGGAUCAACCAAGAAGUACGCUGCAAACGAUGCGGAUGUCCAGAUGGAAAUGUUCAGAACACUCACUUCGCCAGUAACUCGAAAAUAUUAUGUGCAAAAGAAAGGCGAGCUUGGAACCUUAGGUGAAGCUAGAGGAAAAAUCACGCUUUUCAGACGAUUCAACUUGGAUAAACUUCCAAAGUCUUACGAAGAUGCACUUCCAGGUCUCCACUUUCCACCAAGCCUAUGGUCUGACAACGGGUUGGACAUCGAAUUAGCCUACAACGAUGAGAGAAACCUUACCGCGUACAUCGAAGACUUUUACGAACCUGGAGGCCCGAUUGGUUCUUCUGCGGCAUACAACAUAGAUCUAAAAUUCAAUGCUACAGUAUCACACCUAGAAAAGGCAACAACUCAUUACCCAGAGAGUUUGUUUUGGACAUGGGCUAGCAGCGAAUGUGAUGCUAAUAUCCCACCUGAUUAUCCUCGAAUAAUGGCUUUAGGAAACGGGACGGAAUUGACGCCUUUGGGUGGGGUAAAUCAGAGGCUGUUGCCAGUGUUGAAGAGACUGCAAGGAAAGAGACUUGCGAUUGUGAUGCUUGAUUUCUUUGGUACACCAGGCAAUCUCGUUGAGACCAUACUUGGUCUAGAUGAGGAUUGA